AUGCUGUUCGACGAGGCUCACACCGACGACCUCAAGGCGUGGCUCACCGCUGAGCUCGGCCCAAUAUGCGAUGCAGAUCCAGAGGUGCUCGCCGACUACGUCCUCGCGCUUCUCAAGCACGAGAGCCCCGAAGCAGAGCUCCAAACGCUUCUCACUGAGCAGCUCGAAGACUUCUUGGCAGCCGAGACCGAGCCUUUCGUCGCAAAGACAUUCCAGGCGAUAGCCGACAAAGCAUACCUUCCCCAAUCGGAAUCGCAAUCCGCCGACACAGCCGCCGAUGCGCAGGCACAUGCAUCCACAUCCGACCUUGCAGGCGACACAUCCACAUCAAGGAAGCGAAGAGUGGACGACGAUGGUGGUGCCGACGAUAGCGCGCGCUCUCCGCCAAGGCAGACCCGACGAUUGGCAGACAAUGCAACGCCCGGCUCGGACGCUGGUCGAGCACGAGAGCGCGAUGCCAGGGAGAGGAGCGCAGCAGAAGGUUCCGAUGCGAACGGCUCGCAGAACGACGGCGCACGCAGGGACAAUCGACCUAAGCAACUCUGCAGAGACUACCACAACAAGGGCUUCUGCCCGCGUGGGGCAAGCUGCAAGUUUGAUCACUCGCAGCCGCAGCAACCGCCUUUCCAGAUGGGUGGCAUGAUGGGACCUGGCGGUCCGAACACCAUGCAAGGCCACCCGAUGAUGUUCCAAGGCGCACCAUUUGGCAUGCCUCCCCAAGGGUGGCACCCUAGCAUGGGCCCACCACCGGGGAUGGGUCCUGCGAACGGUGGUCCAGGCGGACCACCGUCUCAGCAGCAGAACGGCGAUGGACAGAACUUGGCCACCCGAAUGAGCGGGCAGCUGCCACCGCAACAGCCCGACGCUGCCCCCUUCGGUACUCACUCCGGGGCAGGAUCUUUCAACGGCGGCAUGGGUCCCGGAGGUCGAGGCGGUGCAAUGGGCGGACGAGGUCGUGGCCGUGGAGGCGGACCUCCCGGCACCUUCCAAUCCUCCCGUCGAUCCAACACCACGCUUGUCAUCGAAAACGUCCCUGCUGACAGCCUCGAUCUCAUCAAAGUCAACGAGUACUUCAAGAAAUUUGGCACCAUCACCAACAUCAGCAUCGACAAGCCCGGGUCCAAGGCGCUGGUCAGCUAUUCACAGCCAUCGGAAGCCAAGACUGCGCACGAGAGUCCCGACGUCAUCUUUGGCAACCGCUUCGUCAAGGUGUACUUCCAGCGUCUGGAUGAAGCUGCUGGAGCGGCGGCUCCUGCGACAACGCCGCGCCCGCCGCCCGCUGCCGCAGCCCCGCCACGAAACAACUUUGUACCGGGCAAGACCUCCAACGUAUACCACGCACGUCCACCCGUUGCGGGAGGCAGUGCUCCCACCGGCAGCGCCGGCGCACCAGGUGCCAUGUCAGAAGAGCGCAAAAAGCUAUUCGAGGAUCAACGCGCCAAGCAGGCCGCACUGGACGCCCAGCUCGCCGAGCAGAAGACGCUUCUCGCCAAGUUUGGCAACAAGGACCUUUCUGCCGAAGAGAAGAAGCUCACCAUGACGCAGCUCAAGGCGCUCGGAGACGAGAUCAAGACUGCGACGGAAGCGGUCAAGGCGGCAGUGGAAGCAUUGCAGGCUGCUCCCAAGGAAGCUGCCCCUCCUGCGGACGCGGGGAGCUGGAAAGCGGAGAAGGAGAAGCGGGAGAAGGAGCAGUUGGACCGAGAGCUGGACCUGCACGCCAAAGGCUCCGAGCCCGCCUCGACGACCGAAGAGCUCAAGAAGAAGCUCGAGUCUCUCAAAGCCGAAGCUGCCUCGUUGGGCAUCGAUGGUGCUGGCGGGGCCGCUGGCUACGGGUUCAACGCGCGCGGUCGAGGUAGGGGAGGGUACGUUCCACGCGGUCGUGGCGGAUACCAGCCGUACGCGGCACGCGGUGGAGCCAUGGGUGGCCCCAACCGCAGCUUCCGCAUCGACAACCGCACUACGAAGUUGAAGAUCCAGGAUCUGCCCGCGGGAACGGACGAGGAGAAGGUCAAGCAGCACUUUGCCACCUUUGGCGAGCUCGAGUCGUUCGACGGCACAGAGGGGACCGUGGUGUACAAGGCCAGGGCGAACGCGGAACAAGCGCUGAGGGCGGGUGCGGAGAUCGAGGGCGUCGGUUCGGUCAAGCUUUCGUGGAUCCAGCCGCCGCCUACUGCGACAACAACGGGCGUCACUGCAGAUGUUGAGGGUGGAUCAGCAGCACCCGAAGGUGAAGCAACGAGUGGAGCGGGAGAGGAGGAGUACGAUGAGGACAGAGACUCCAGCUGGAAGCGCUAG